AUGGGCAAAAAGACCAAGGCCCAAAAAGCCAAGGCCAAGGAACCGCCUUCCAUCCCAACCGAGAGCCAGGAGCAAACGCCAACCGAUCUACCCACUCCUCCAUACGAUAAAUCCGGCUUUGAUGAGACUGACUUUCCUCCGCUCCCUGCUAGCUCCGUUACCGAUGCCGUCCCCGCCCUCGGCGGUCGCAAGAACAGCCAGGAUGUCGAUGACACCGUUGGUGCCGUUGGCGAUCUCGCAAAGGGUUCCGCUGGUGGCCUCCAGGUCCCCGGUAAGACCGAUACCGGCAGCAAGGAUGACAAGGGAUCCCUUCAGAUCAAGAUUCACCUGAACUUGCACGCCAAGGUCAAGCUUGAGCUCGACGCCCAGGUCUACGGUGACAUUGUCAUCGGACUGCUGUAA